AUAUUUCCUCACACACAUGGCUACAACAUUCCACGUCUCCCGUCCAUCAACACCCAAACUCAAUAUGAGACCAGUUACUCUGCUAACAACCAUGGGCAUUACAAUGUCAAUCCUGGGACCAUUGGUACCCAUAGUUAUGAUACCAGACAACCUGGUAUCAUCGGCAGUCAUUUUGAUACCAGCCAAGUAGGGACCUUCGGUACCCAUACUUUUGAUAUGAGUCAUCUUGGGAGCAUUGGCGCCCAAACUUUUGAUAACAGACAACCUGGCACCAUUGGAACCCAAAAUUUUGAUACCAGUCAACCUGGACCCGUCGGCACUCAUAAUUACGAAAUAAGUCAGCCAGAAAUAACUUACACCUCUAAUACUUACGAAAAUAGUCAACCAGAUAUAACUUACAGCACUCAUACUUACGAAAAGGGUGCAGAAGAUAUCGGUAAAAUUAUGGAGCGAUAUUACUGGUUGACGCAAUGGCAGAAGAAUUUAGGAUUGAUGAUGAAUGACGGUUCUUUUGCCAGUCAGAGCAGCGAAGAUGCUUUUGGAGGUCAAACUGGUAAUAGGCAAGAAAAUUUUGGUCCAACUGGAUACUCUCAUGAAAACCCCUUUACUCAAGUUUCAAAUCCAGACGAAGAUAUUGAUAACUCACAACCAACAGAAAUCAUCUCCAAAUCAUCAGCUAACGAUGAUGAAGACACAGAACCUCCAUAUCCUAAAGACAUCAAUGAUGAUGAGGACUCAUUUCCUGAUGAAAGUAGCGGUGAUGAACCACCUAAAGAUUUUAAUGAACCGCCUAUAUUAAUGGACGUAACUAAGAACAAUGAUACGAAAACGGUCUUGACUGAUGAAAACACUAGAGAAAAGAGUGAAAAAGAUAUUACUACUGAAGAAAAUAUUUCUGAUGAUCCGCCAAAAAUUAACGAAGGUAAUGACGAAAACAAUGAUACAUAUGACAUUACUACUGAAGAGAACAAGAACAAUGAUACGAAAAUGGUCUUGACAGAUGAAAACACUAGAGAAAAGAGUGACAAAGAUAUUACUACUGAAGAAAAUAUUUCUGAUGAUCCGCCUAAAAUUGACGAAGGUAAUGACAAGAACAAUGAUACAAAUGACAUUACUACUGAAGAGAAUAAGAACAAUGAUACGAAAAUGGUCAUGACUAAUGAAAACACUAGAGAAAAGAGUGAAAAAGAUAUUACUACUGAAGAAAAUCUUUAUGCUGAUCGGGCUAAAAUUGACGAAGGUAAUGACGAAAACAAUGAUACAAAUGACACUACUACUGAACAGAACAAGAAAAUGGUCAUGGCUGAUGGAAACUCUAAAGAAAAGAAUACUACGACACCACAACCAGCCCUGACGACUGUGACAACAGCUGAACCAUGUCCAUGCUGGACCAUGUCCGGGACCAUGUCCCGACCAGUCCCGAAGCUGGGGUUACUGUUCGCCCCGUCUUUGCAAUGGCAUGUUGGGAUAUAUUCGAAGACCUUUACCCCGUACAUGCAAGUGUGUGGUGGAUCUUUGGUAAAAGCUGAUGUAGUUCUAUCAGCGGCCCACUGUUUCUGGAACGAUGAUGUGGGUGCUUUACGUCCGGGUCUGUUCGCGGUGGCAGCCGGCAAGCUCCUGAGACCCUGGGAGAAUGAGGGGGAGAUCUACACACAGCAUUCUGACAUAAGAGACAUCAAGAUACCUCCCCGCUUCCGUGGCAGCAAGACCAGCUUUCAAGACGACAUUGCCAUCGUUCUCCUCACCAGGUCUUUGGAAUACGCCCCUGGAGUCAAGCCAGUUUGCGUCAGCUUCGACCUUGAACUGGAUCAAAGGCAUCUUACUAGCGGGAACCGGGGGAAGAUCGCCGGCUGGGGCCUGACGGAACCCAACGGCCCGCCGUCACAGCGCCUUAACUACUUGGAACUGCCUUAUGUGGACAUCGAGGAGUGCCUCCGAACUGCUGUCGACAGCUUCCUCAAGUAUAUCACUAGUGACAAGAUCUGUGCAGGGGAUCAAAAGACAGGUCGUGCCCUUUGCCGUGGCGACAGCGGAGGUGGUCUCGUCUUUAACACUUCAACCAUACCCUACCUUCACGGUAUAGCGUCGACGGCGCCGCGUGACAACAAUAAAUGUAAUGCGUACGCUGUUGGCAGCUUUACGCAUGUGCAAGCGCACAGACGCUUCCUGGUUAGCCACGUGCCGAAUAUAGAGGAGGGGUGUGAAGAGCUGUAUGUUGAUAAGACUGCAGUUCAGGAUGUGACAAUCAGACCAGAAGACGCCUUUCUAACGCCAAAUCCAUCACUGGCUCCAGAAGAAGAUAGAAUAUCUACAAACUUGGGGCUUGAAAGUGCAGUUUCAAAUGCUUCAGAACCACAAGACUUGACAAUACCUAAUUAUAAUGAUUAUGAAAAUGACAAAAAUGAAGCUGAAGAUCCAAUAUCUUCGACAGUGCCUCGUAAAAAUGACAAAAAUGAUGAAGAUAAAGUUGCAGAUCCAAUAUCUUUGACAGUACCUAGUAAAAAUGACAAAAAUGAUGAAGAUAAAGUUGCAGAUCCAUUAUCUUUGACAGUACCUAGUAAAAAUGACAAAAAUGAUGAAGAUAAAGUUGCAGAUCCAUUAUCUUUGACAUUAGGUAGUCAAAAUAACAAAAACGAAGAAGUUGAUCCUGUAGAACCAAUAACUUUGACAGAAAAUAGUGAAAAUGACAAAAACGAUGAAGUUGAUUCUACAGAACAGAUGAUAGUAACUAGUCAAAAUGACAAAGAUGGAGAAUCAAACACAGAAGAAAAUAUAACAAAUCCGCCAACUACUCAAGAAUCUCAAGAUGACAAUAAUGAAUCGAUUACUGAAGAUUCCGAAGAACCAAUAUCCCGACCGAUUGUAAAUGACAAAGAAGUAUCCAAUACUGAAGUAGGAAUUGCAGAUCCGCCAGCAAAUGUAGCUAAAAUACCAAUAUGGAGUAUGAAUGAAUCGAAGGAAAAGGAAGUGAUGAUGAAUAUAGAGAAAGGUGAAAGAGGGGUAGCUAGGAUAGCGGUAGAUAAUACUACUAGUACUUUUGUGUGUAACUGCUAUUGUAAUAAGUGAAAUGAAACAUAAAUUAAAUGAAGUGAUACUUCA